AUGGUCCGAUUCCUGAAUUCUGUUCACAUCGCUGUCAUAAGAAACUGUCAAACUAAAUUAUACACAUACAAACAAAUAGAAAAACAAUAUAAUGGCAUCAUAACAAGACAAGAACAUGAUGAAAUCAGUCUAUCAAUGGUUUUCGCCCUUCUUGUCUUCACUAGUUUAUUAUUUGUAACAAUAUGUUUAAUAGCAUCCGAUCCAGGACCGGCCUCUACCGCAGCUUCUGUAGUUUGGGAAGUACUUGCAGGCAACUGUAGGCUACAAUGUCGACGACCCCGUACUGAAGUUAAGGGUCCCCUUGAACAGAAAUUGUCCGGUUUUAUACCACAGACUAGUCACACCUUUAAACAAGCAGUUGAAAUCACCCAUGAAUAUAUAGACUUACAUAGCCACGAACAUAGCCCUGAACAUAGCUCUAAACAUAGCCCUGAACAUAGCCUUGAACAUGGCCCUGAACAUAGACCUGAACAUAACCUUGAACAGGGUCCUGAAAAUAGCCCUGAACAUAGCCCAGGAACUGAUAAUGCCAUCCUGGCUUCUGUCAGUGAAACAAAAAUAACUGCAUCUCCAUCUACUCCUAAUCCUACACAGGAAGUAGUGGCGCCAAAUAACCAAAACCAAUCUGAAAACUUCUGCGCAUGUGAAACUUGUGCUUGCUCUUUGAUUGAAAAUUUAUUCAGCAAGACGAAGCCAGCAGAAAAUAUGUACAAUGAUUUCAGAGAAGCCGUCCUCGAUUCUCAAUAUUUUCAAAUGCUAGGAAAUAUGUACACCCGCUUGGUUAAUUCGUAUCCCAAUACUAUAGAAUACCUGGGAGAGGAUACGAUAGAUUCAGAAGAAAACUUCUAUUUCCUCAAAACGGCAGAAGGGCUAUCGCAUAAAGCAAGUGCUGUGAGCAAGCACGUCGAAAUUAGUAAAUACCACCCCAACAAGGGCCCUCCUCAAGCAAUAAACCUAUCAGCUACAUCUAGUGCUUCUAACCUUAAAAAUCUUCUGACUCAACCAUCUCCUUUAAGUCAUUCAAAAACUCCAUCUAUUGCCAAUCUACCACCAGUAAUAAAACCAAUCUUACACCAUGAAAAAGCGGUGGAAACGCAUGCAAGUGCAGCAUUAACUAUAAGAGAAGAACCACCGACACCAACGCCUCAAGAAAGUUCAGAUUUUGUUUCAACACGGGAACCACAGUCUAUUGCUUCCAUAGAAAGAGAAAUAAAAGAAUUCAUUAAUAAUGGCCCACCAGAACGUCCGCCACUAUAUACAUGUCCAACUUGCAUGUCCAGAGGGUUAGUCUGUGUUCGUGGUUGUCCCAAAGAAAGUUUAGUGAAGAAGAUGGACAAAAGUAAACAGCAAUAA